AUGGUAUUAACCGGUGGUCAUUUCGAUACUUGUCCUUUUUUGUUGACGGGUGUGGACCAACAGACAGAGGUUCAUGUGCAUUUCCACUUUGACCCAGAGAUCCUUUCAUCAACACUGUCACAGAUAGUGAUGGAUCAAUUGGUCCAUGUUGUGAAUUGCAUCCAGACCAAUCCCGAGGUCCAACUAAAAGCUCUUCUUGAUAUGUCUCCCAAUAGACCGCAGCAAACCCAAGCUUGGAACUCUCGUCUCCAGCUGCGCAGACAGGAACUGGGCGUACAUAAUGUGAUUACAAAGAGCGAGGAAAGCCCAAACACCCAGUCUGUAUGCGAUUGGGACGGGAAGUCAGACCACUCGCAGCUAUCGGCAGCAGCAUGGACAGAACGCAAUGAGGAGAACGUUUCAAAAGGGGAGGGCACUCCUCCUACAAGCCGAAAUUCAUCAAUUUCUCCUUCUGAGACGAACUUCAAGCAAGACUUCGCCGUGCUAGCUCCCGAGACCAUGUCAGAGACUUUCCCAUGCACCCAGACACAGCAAUGGUUACUCAACAACCACGAAGGAGGUUGCUUCGUGCUCAGCUUCUCGGGACUCUUGGACCAUUCCAAGCUCGAAUCUGCCUGUCGACUUCUCAUGGAAUCCCACACUGCACUCCGGUCUGUGUUUACACGUGUCGACGGAACAUUGGUACAAACUGUACUGAAGCAAGUCGAUCUCCCCUUCACCGUACACUCCGAUGCGUCUCAAGAUCCGAUAUCAGUCGCACGAAAUUUGUGCGCCGUCAAUCCUGAGAACACCUUCCCUUUGGGUACACUUCCUCUGUGCUUCACUCUCAUCACUAAAUCUAGAGACGAUCAUGCUCUGAUGAUCCAACUGUCACACGCCCAAUAUGACAGCGUCUGUCAAGGUACUCUCGUUUCCGAUCUGUGCCAGUUCUAUCGAGACCCAACAACCCCUAUCAACACAACGAACUAUGCUCUGCUCGCGCACGAAGUCACCAAGCAACAAACCCCAGAGGCAUUUGAUUUCUGGAGCAAUCUUCUUUUAGGCUCAAGCAUCACUGAGAUACCGAACACAGCGCCGCAGAUGCAGUCGAAAAACACCAUCUUGCGAUGCUCGACUAAGGUCACGAUUCAAUCCUUGCCCAGUGGUAUCACCAUGGCGAGCAUGGUCAAAGCCGCCUGGUCAAAUGUUCUCCGACAAGAGACAGGGGACGAUGAUAUUGUCUUCGCCCAGCUUGUCAAUCUGCGCAGUAUGGACGUGCCAGAUGUACAUCGUACCGUUGGUUUGUGCUCUAACCGAGUGCCUGUUCGAGUGCAGUAUGGGCAAUGCAAAACAGCACUAGAUCUCCUCCACGCUGUUGAGGAUCAACACACGCAGACAAUUCCUUUCAAAGCUGCCGAAUGGGAGAACAUUGUAACCUACAGUACUGGCUGGGCCGCCGGAUCUAAACCGCAGAGUCUAGUCAUACAUCAGGACAUUCUUCCUAAGACUGACGUACACAUGGGAGAUAAUCUGCGCUGCCAAUUCACUGAUUGUAUCCAUAUUGAACCCACGGAUGAUUUUUUGAAGCUUUAUUCGGAGGAACUGCAGGGCGGGUUGCUUAAGUUGACAUUGGCAUAUUCCAGCCAUUUUGUGCCGAAAAGUGGGAUCAACGGCUUGUUGGGGAAGCUUCGCAACACUUUGAUGCAUUUCACUGAUGCCCCGGAAAGUUUGUUGGAUUUGUGA